UAAAUAUUUCAGCCCAUUAUAUGCCAUAGAAAAAGAAGCCCAAAUAAUUCUUCUGUGAGACGGCGUCGUUUCGCCCGUUUCCACUAGCACUUACACACUGUUUCAGGAGCAUGAUAUGAUUACGAGCUCAACGCCAUGGCGGCGCCGCCACUCCUCCACCGACAUUUCUCCUCUUCUCGCUCCACUCCCUUCCCGUGCAGGCGGCCCCAUGCUCUUGAACCAAAUUUCUUAAUCUCACCAAAACCUAGCAAAACAUCCAUAUCCGUUUCCUUCCCCCCUCACUCAAUCUCUCUCCAAAACGAGCGCAGAAAGCCCAGGGGCUUUGCCUCCGCCUCACAGGAAAACGAUUCCGAUCUAGAAACCAACGAAAAUCGCGUCGGAGAAGCGCGGAAAGCCAUUAUUGAGUAUCUGGAAAAAUUCGGAGCUUCGCGAGAAGACGCGUUAUGCAUUUCCUCAAAUUGCCCUAAUUAUUUGAACACGCUGAUUGACGGCGUAGAUGACCUCGACGAUUGGAAUUCGUUGGCCGCCACCGCCGCCAGUCCGGGGACAAAGAGCGACGGAGGCGCUGUGGAAUUCAGGAAGAAAGUAUCUCAAAUGGCGGAGCAGAAAGGGGAUAAGGGCGUUCUCCCCUUCUUGGAUAGCAUUGGCCUUUCUCUCUCCUCGGCUUCUCGCUUAGCGCGAUAUCUCUCUUCUUCCAAGUCCAAUGCGCUUCCUCGCCUCAUUCACAAGGUUAAGUAUAUGAAGGAAAUAUUAUUUUCUGGCAGUGAUGAUGGUGAGCUCAUUGGGAAAAAUGCGCGGCGAAUGAUGGCGCAUCUCUCUAUUUCUGUUGAUGAGGAUUUGCAGCAAACUUUAGCAUUUUUUGAAAAGAUUCAAGCGAGGCGUGGGGGUUUGAAUCUUUUGGGUUCGGAGAGUACUUCUUUCCGGUAUCUCAUUGAAUCUUUUCCCCGCCUUCUCGUCCUGCCUCUAGAAUCUUGUGUGAAGCCAAUCGUGUUGUUUUUUGAAGUGAUUGAGGUUCCUAAAGGAUGCAUAAGAAACAUACUAUUGUUGUUCCCGCCUGUUCUGACCUAUGACAUUGACAAAGACAUCAAGCCAAGAUUGAGGUCCUUUGAGAAGAUUGGUGUGAAGGGUAAUGAUCUUGGGAAGAUGCUUGUUAAGUACCCGUGGAUUCUUUCUGCUAGCAUCCUAGAGAACUUCGAGAAAAUCCUUGAUUUCUUUGAUGAAGAGAAGGUUCCAAGAAUGUGUUCCUCUCGAGCAAUCAAAAAGUGGCCACAUAUUUUGGGCUGUUCAGUUAAUAAGCUGAAGUUGAUAGUGGAAGAAUUUAAUGAAAUAGACAUUAAAAGUAAGAAGUUAGGUCAUGUCAUUGCUACAAGUCCUCAGCUAUUACUUCGCAAGCCUCAGGAUUUUCUUCAGGUGGUAUCCUUCUUCAAAGAUUUGGGAAUGGACGAGGAUGCUAUUGCUAGGAUGCUUAGUCGUUGCCCUGAAAUUUUUGCUGCAAGUAUAGACAAAACGCUGGAGAAGAAGUUGCAGUUUCUCUCUAUCAUUGGGAUUUCCAAAGCUCACAUCCCACGAGUUAUCAGAAAAUACCCAGAACUCUUUGUUUGUGAUGUCGACAGAGCUUUACUCCCUAGGAUGAGGUACCUAAUGGAGAUCGGAUUAUCAAAGAAGGAUAUCAGCUUCAUGGUACGUAGAUUCUCUCCUUUACUCGGCUACGGCAUUGAUGAAGUCUUGAGACCUAAAUUCGAGUUCCUAGUGAAUGCCAUGGAAAGGCCCGUUAGCGACGUGGUUGAUUACCCGAGAUACUUCAGCUACUCAUUGGAGAAGAAGAUAAAGCCGAGGUAUUGGGUUCUGAAAAGUAGGAAUAUUGAUAUUUCAUUGAAAGAGAUGUUGGGCAAAAAUGAUUGGGAAUUUGCAGUUGAAUAUAUAGGUGAAGGAGAGGUGCUUGUUCCUCCCGCUUGAAAACUUUGUAGAGUUGAAGUUUUUUUGUAGUUUACUAAAUGAUCACUUAGUCUA